AAGAGAUAGACAAUACGUCAUUCCUUGUUCUUUCCGCUCGAUAUAGAUAUAUACGGUGUCUCUCGUUCAGAGUAAGUACACGUAGGGAGCUUCGGGGAGCCUCCAUUAGAAGAAACCAGUAGAAACCGUAUGGUGUGCUGUGUACUUUUCGAGAGAAAGGAGAAGAGUGAGAGUUCAUUUGGUGUGUUAAAAAAGACGCGGGGCGGGGCUGUCUAAGAAUUUUGACAUCGGCGUUCUUCGACAAAAUGAAUUGACUUCUACGUCCGCUCGUUUUUUACCUCUCAGCAGGCGUUCCUUAUCUCUAUUCUUCAUCGCGUACGUUUCGAAUUUGACAAGAGGAAAUCAUGGAGGACGAUCUGCCGACCGAGUACGAUGUGGUCGUUGUAGGAACAGGUAUGACGGAAUCGAUCGUUGCCGCGGCGGCCAGCAGGAUAGGGAAAAAGGUUUUACAUCUGGACAGCAACGAAUAUUAUGGUGGACUUUGGGCUACAUUUAAUUUCGAUGGUUUACAAAAAUGGAUAGAAGAUCUAAAGACUGCCAAGAAUAAUACAAGAGAUACAAAAGUCGAUUUAGAAGAUGGACAAAUAUUUUUAAAGGCUAGUGAUCAAUAUUCUGCUGUUGAGAAUAUCGAAGAAACUUGGUAUAUUUCGAAUGAUGCAGAUCUACCUGUUCUAUCUUCGAAAGAUACUCAGACGGAUGGAAUUGGAGACAGUGCUAGUAACGAAGGCACGGAGAAAACUGAUGAGGACAAUACUGAGAAAAAAGAAAUUGUCAAACAUUGGAGUAUAGAUCGCAUAAAAAAAGAAUACAGGAGAUUCAACAUCGACUUGGCACCGAAACUUUUAUUCGCACGUGGUAAAUUGGUGGAAUUGCUGAUUUCUAGCAAUAUAGCACGUUAUGCAGAAUUUCGUGCGGUAUCCAGAGUUGCUACAUAUAUGUAUGACAAAUUAACUCAAGUCCCUUGCUCGCGCGCCGAUGUGUUUGCUAACAAAACUGUUAGCGUCGUGGAGAAAAGAAUGUUAAUGCAACUUUUAACUUCUUGCAUGGAACAAGGAGCUGAUAGUCCAGAGUUUGAUGGUUUCCGCGAUAAAACAUUUUUAGAGUAUCUCAACACAAAAAGUCUUACCCCCAUAGUACAACACUAUGUUGUACAAGCUAUUGCAAUGGUAACAGACAAAACAUCUUGCAGAGAUGGUGUUAAUCGCACAAAGCAUUUCCUUAAUAGCCUUGGACGUUACGGAAACACUCCCUUCUUAUGGCCUAUGUAUGGUAGUGGAGAAUUACCUCAGUGUUUCUGCAGAUUGUGUGCUGUAUUUGGUGGAGUGUAUUGCUUGAAAAGACAAUUGGAUGGUGUAGUAAUUAAAGAAGAUAAAUGCGAAGCUAUUGUAACCGGAAAACAAAGAUUGGCUUUGGAGCAUUUAGUAGUAGGACAAGGACACUUACCACCAGAAAUUGUAGCUUUUGAAGGAGAGCAACAGAUUUCGCGAGGCAUUUUUAUUACUGAUAGGUCAAUUAUGCAAGGAGAAAAAGAGAACUUAACCCUUUUGUACUAUCCACCGGAAGAGCCAGGACAAGAACCUGUUACUCUGAUCGAACUGGGACCAUCUACCAAUGCUUGUCCACAAGGUUUAUUUAUGGUUCAUAUGACAUGCAAACGUACUAAAACUGCAAAGGAAGAUUUAGCGUACAUGGUAAAGAAAUUUUUGAGAUCUGAAAUGGUAGAACCAAGUCUUGCCCGUAAUUUCACAGAUUCUCAUACUCAGACAGUUUCACCUGAUAAACGACAUCUACAGGAAGGUAAUCAGCAGGACUAUGAACCAAAUGAAAUAGAUUUAAAACCCCAAAUAUUAUGGUCAUUAUACUUGAACCUUCCUGCGAGCGAUAUAAAAUUAAACGAUACAGCACCGAGUAACAUAUACUUGUGCUCUGGACCGGAUUUGGAAUUAGACUUUGACUUUGCAGUUGAUCAAGCAAAGGAAAUUUUCAAAUCCAUGUAUCCCGAUGAUGAUUUCUUACCUCGUGCACCGGAUCCAGAAGAAAUUGUUUUAGAAGGUGACGAAGCACCUGGGCCGAAAUUCGAAGGAGAUACGCAAAUAGAUGGAGAGGAGAAACAAGAUGUCGAAAAAGCAGAAAAAGAAGAAUGAAAUAAUUAACAUAUUGCUUCAACAGUGUUACAAGAGAAAAUAAGGCUUGCGCCCUUAGUGUCUUCUACCUUCAUCGUUAUUACGUUCACUUAUAUAUUCAAGAAAUAGCCGGUCACCGUUCAUGUAAGAGUAGCAAAUACAAGCAAAUGGCUUUAGAAAAUGUUACGAUUCCAUUUUUGAACUGAGUUUAUACAUUUGUCAAAUUCAUUCUAAAUCCAGUUUUACUAUUAGAUUUCGCCAUUACGUGCUUUUGCAUUACUUCAUCUAAAAUAAAUAAAAAUAUAAAUAAAAUAAAAAUUAAAAAAAAAAAAAA